AUGGGAAUAUAUUAGUGGUAUUUUUUACUCAUUUUACUAUAAAUAUCGAUAUUAAAAUUUAACAAAAAUGUAAAUAAAUAUUUAAAAUUUAUUAAUAGAGCUUUUGACGUCACUAAUGUCAUUAUAGAUUAUUUUUAAAUUUAAUAAUGUGAUAAAUAAAAUCCGAAUUUGAUAAUAAUUUUCAUAUAAGAUAUUAAAUUAUAUUUAUUUGAUCAGAUGUCUGAAAAACUUUCUAAACAGUAGGAAUUAGAUACCAAGCUUUAUAGUCUUAUUGAAAUAGAGAAAAGGCGAUACAAAUAAAAAGGUUUGCACCUCAUUACUGCCUUCUUUCUAUGGGCUUGCUUUUUUAUUGGUUUACCUAUUUAUGGGAAAGUCUUAUGGUCCUACGUUCAUGAAUUUGUUGGAUAGAAUUUGAAAAUAUUAUAUCCUUCUGGAAUGAGUUUACUUCAUACUGCUUUUAUGCUAACUUGGUAUGGUUUAUUUUCCAUUCUCUAUUGCUAAAAUAAUACUGUAUUUGAAAAAUGGAGAGUCAACAAGAAUGGUAAGUGGCCAUGGUAAAAGGAUAAAAAGGAAUGGGAGGAACUCAAAUAAAAAACAUAUAAAUGCCUUGCUUUGCAUCAUCUGAUUGUCUUUCCUAUUAUCCUUCUAUUUGAUAGCUUUGUUACAGGACUUAAAUACAAAACGUCUUUGGAGUAAUUUCCUACCAUAGGAGAGUUCUUUUUAUAGAUACUAUUUUGUAUGAUUUGUGAAGAUUUUGGAUUUUUCUGGAGCCACUAUACUCUUCAUCACCCUAAGUUGUAUAAUAGUUAUCAUAAAAAGCACCAUGAAUAUGAGCAACCAUAUUCAAUCACAGCAGAAUACUCAAGCCUACCAGAAUAUAUUCUAGGAAAUCUAAUUCCAAGUAGCUUAGGUAUAAAACUAAUGGGAUCAAGAGUCCAUAUCUUUACUGCUAUUGCUUGGAUGAUGUGGAGGACCUAUACAACAGCAGAAGUACACUCAGGAUAUGAAAUUCCAUUUUCUCCUGUGAGAGUAUUUCCACUUUCAGGAAGUUCAUAUUUUCACAAUUUCCACCAUUCUCAUAAUGCAGGAGCUUAUGGCUCAUACUUUUUAUUUUGGGACCACUUUAUGAAAGUGGAUAGAGAUUUCUAAAAGUUUAGAUACACUGAAAAUGUGAAAGAAAUAGAAAAAGAAAAUUUACAACAAAAAAAAGGAAUUAAUCAAGAUUCAACUCCAAAUAAAAAGGUUGAGUGA